AUGUCAAAUUCUCUAUCAGAUGUUUCCAGAUUGUAUAAGGACCUAGUAUCUGCUCUUUUGAAGUCAGUUUCCGAAGCAUCGUGUGGGUCACUAGAUGACUUGGAGGACAAAGAAGAAUGUAAUGAGAUUGUUGAAGGACGAGCUGAAUUAAUAAAUGUUCUAAAGACAGUAAACUUUGAGCUUCAUGUUCAGGAGCCUUUCUUUACUCAGCUAAAAGAUGGCCUAAAGAGAGUGGAAGGAAGAUGUGUUGCUGGUAAUUACAAUCGAAUUCAGUCUGGAGCGUUGAUACUUUUCAAUAAAUGUUUGUUGUUUGAGGUUCAGGAUGUACGUCAAUACCCUUCAUUUUAUGCGAUGUUGAAAGCGGAGAGUCUUGAUAACGUUCUUCCUGGAGUAAAAACAUUAACAGAUGAAUUUUGA